AUGGCACCGAAAACCAGUGGAAAGGCCGCGAAGAAAUCCGGCAAGGCCAGAAGAACAUUGUCAAGGGCCGACAAGAAGAAGAAGAAGCAGCGCAGGAAGGAGAGCUAUGCCAUCUACAUCUACAAGGUGUUGAAGCAAGUCCAUCCCGACACUGGGCGUUUCUUCAAAGGCUAUGAGCAUCAUGAACAGCUUCGAGAAUUGGCUAAGCAUGCUGUUUCCGAAGGCACCAAGGCCGUCACCAAGUACACCAGCUCCAAGUAA